AUGCCUGUAUCACUAAGUGAAUGGAGGGUCCGAAUCGGAACAUUUGUUCAUUGGAUUAAGGAGUAUGAGGUUAAGGAGAGGAGAGAAAGAUUGCUGAAAGAAAGGAUUCGAAGACUAAAGGUUCUUUGCGAGAGACUUGAAGCGAAAAUUGGUGAUUCUGGAGAGGAUUCCGAAGAUGACAAAAGCAGACAAGAUGACCCUGAUUCUAAGGGAUGUCCUCAUAAAACUUCGAACAUUCGGUCGUCAGGAAACUCAUCAGAUAUCAAGAAUUUACUGACUUCAUGUGAUCAGUGCAUACAGGAUUUAUUAACGGCAAGUGAUUCUCAUAUCAAGGAGAUACUCACCCCUUCUGAUACAUGUAUUAAACAAUUGCUGACACCAAGGAGAGAAAGAUUGCAAAGGAUUCAGAGACUAAAGGUUCUUUGCGAGAGACUUGAAGCGAAAAUGGGUGAUUCUGGAGAGGAGUCCGAAGAUGACAAAAGCAGACAAGAUGACCCUAAUCACAAGGGAUGUCCUCAUAAAACCUCAAACAUUCGAUCGUCAGGAAACUCAUCAGAUAUCAUGGUUUUACUAACUUCGUGUGAUCAGUGCAUACAUGAUUUAUUAACGGCAAGUGAUUCUCAUAUCAAGGAGAAACUUGGCCCUUCUGAUACAUGUAUUAAACAAUUGCUGACACCAAAUGAUUCAAACAUUAGACAUCUGCUCUCUGUAACAAACUCUUGUAGAAAGGACCAACAUAUUGCAUGUGACUCUCACAUUGAAGAUCUUACCAUGCUUACACCGAACUUUUCAAACAUCAGGGAGUUAAUUAUACAUUCUGAUGCUUGUAAAGAUGAUAUUCUAUCUGAUUCUGACAUCAAAGAGUUACUUACACCACGAGACUCCGUCAUCAUUGAAAUACUGCAGCCAAAAUACUAUUGCACCAACAGGUUACUUACACCAAGAGAUUCUUGCAUCCAGGAGUUACUAAUACCUAGAGAUUCUUGCACCCGGAAGUUACUUACACCUAGAAAUUCCUACAUACAAGAGUUACUUACACCUAGAGAUUCUUGCAUCCAGGAGUUACUAACACCUAGAGAUUCUUGCACCCAGGAAUUACUUACACCUAGAGAUUCCUACAUCCAAGAGUUACUAACACCUAGAGAUGCUUGCAUCCAGGAGUUACUAACACCUAGAGAUUCUUGCACCCAGGAGUUACUAACACCUAGAGAUUCCUACAUCCAGGAGUCACUUACACCUAGAGAUUCCUACAUCCAGAAGUCACUUACAUUUAGAGAUUCUCACAUCCAAGAAACUUUUACUUCAAGAGAUUCCUACACAAGUGAGUCACUUACACCGGGGGACUCCUACAUCCAUGAGUUAUUCACACAAAUAGAUGCCCAUACUAUCGAGUUACUGACGCGAACAGAUUCAUACGCUAAUGAGCUACCUACACCAGGAGACUCCUACAUCCAGGAGUUACUAGCAAGAGAUUCCUAUACCAAUGAGUCACUUACACAGAGACAUUCCUUCACCAAUACGUCACUUAAUCCAGGAGACUCCUACAUGUACAUCCACGAGCUAAUUACACCAAGAGAUUCCUACACCAAUAAACCACUUACACCAGGAGACUCCUACAUCCAGGACUUACUUACACCUAGAGAAUCUUACAUCCGAGAGUUAUUGACAACAAGAGAUGUUCACACCAAUUUGUCAAUUGCACCAGGAGACUCCUACAUCCAGGAGUUACUAACACCAAGAGAUUCCUACACCAAUGAGCCACCUAGACCAGGACAUUCCUACACCAAUACGUCACUUACUGGGGACAAACAAAUUUCGGCUACAUCUGGCUUAGACAGUGAUGCCGUACAACAUGGAAAGGAGAUGGCAAUCAUAUCAUCAAGACCAUCAUGCCAAAAAACGGAAAGCUUGAAAGGAACAGUUGAUGUGAUGUUAUCACAGCAGCCGUACCUGACUGAGUUACUGCUUGUUAAAGCUGGGGAUGUGGAGCUCAACCCGGGUCCUCUUCACGGACCAAUAGAUAGUGUACUGCAGGAGAUUGAACUCAUACGGCUUGCUGAAGUAGUUCCAGGCGACUGCUACUAUAAACUAUGCAAUGGUCUUGGUGUCAGCUCAGCGCUGAGCAAAAAUGUACUGACCAAAAAUCACUUGGACUUCAAAGAAGCUUUGAUCGAAUUGUUCAACGGAUGGAAAGUCAAGCAGAGAGAUGGCACCGAUUGUAAAGCACUUCUUGGAGAAAUUCUUCAAAAUGCUGAUAUGGGUGCGCUUCAGACAAAAUUAUUGGAAGGUGGAUAUCUUACAUCUGGAACCUCACCGUCUGAUCCGAUUAUGACUGAGGCACAGGUUCUCAAGUGUGGGGAAGACUUGAUGACAUUCUAUCGCGAACAAAUGUGCAAAAUCAAACCUGACCCGCUUGAUUUCAAUAUCAUCCUUGAAUUUGAGCAUAUUUACACGAACUUAACGCUGCUCAGGAACGAAAUGGGAACAAGCAGAACCAAAAUGCCACUGAAUUACGCUGAUCUUCUUACUACACAGAUUAAUGGGGUACUUCCUAAACGUCUUCUGGUUGAAGGUGAAGGUGGUGUUGGUAAAACGACCUUCUGUUCGAAGAUCGCAUGGGAUUGGGUCAAUGGAUCUUCAGAGUUUCAGCGCUUCAGUUGGGUUCUGGUUAUACCCCUGCGUACCGUUGUCAAGGGUCAGACGAUUGGUGAUAUUAUGAAAAACUAUCUCUCCGAUAGUAAUGCUGUAAGCCCUAGACAGAUCGAUAAUUAUAUAUUGUCUCAACCUACAAAGGUACUUAUUGUACUUGAUGGACUCGAUGAGUAUGAUGGGGAUAUCUCAGCCACAUCAAGCUCAGAUAUUUCUCGGAUUCUACAGUUGGAGAAAUUCAAGGAAUGCAUAGUUCUGGUGACAACAAGACCGUGGAGGGCGGAUAAGAUCAAAUCCAACGAAUCAUUGAGUAGGUCGUAUGCUUUCAUUGCAGUAGACGGAUUUAGUCCUGAAAAUGUCUCGAAAUAUAUCAGCAAGUACUUCGUGAAUGAUGAAAAGGUGGGAUCAGAACUGAGUCAGUUUAUUGAAGUAAACGAUGUAAUCAAGGAGAACAUGGCACCCUUCCCAAUUUUCGUAGCAAUGUUAUGUCUCUUGUGGGCAUAUUGCGACAGUGAGAAACGAGAAGUGAUACGCAGACUGAAGACAUUUUCUCAAUUAUUUGAACAAAUGAUCAUGUAUCUAAGAGACCAUUAUGUAUCAAAGGUCACUAAAGAAUUACGUAAAGCACAUCUGGACAAGGAAAUUGAAAAAGCCAAGCUUUGUUUGCAAAGAAUAGGAUCGAUUGCUUUCUCAGGACUCCUGAAAAAGAAGUUGGUCUUUAAUGAGGAGGACUUCAGCUUGUGUACGGAAGCCAUGGAGACAUGUUGCAGAAUUGGAGUUCUAAGUCAGGAAAAUCGAAAUGUAUCCAGAUGGAAAAGAAGUUUGACUGCUUCACAGCCUAUAGCCACUAGUGUCUUUUUUCCUCACAAAUUAUUUCAAGAAUAUAUUGCAUCUGUUUAUCUUGCCUCUCUUUAUGACACGAAUCGCGAAGAGUACAGUAGGUCGAUGGGCGAAGUACUGGGGAAGAGCUCACAAGAAUUCCGUUACCUCUUGUAUUUCACCGCUGCCCUGGGAAAGGAGGUGGGACUUGAUAUUGUCAAGAAAAUUCAACUAAAUACAACCAAUUUAGCCAGAACCGUAUAUGAUGACUCUGGUUACGCACAUCCAAAAGGACAUGACAUGAAUUUUCUUGUAGACAUCACUUUUGAAGCGUACAACAAAGACACGGCGAAAGCAGUAGGACAGGGAAUAUUUGCAAACGAGAGAAUACUAACUAUCGAUAAAGGCAUGCCUGCUCACACAACUUCUGGUUAUUUAUUCAUCAUGGAACAGCAUGGAAUGGAGACUUUGGUAUUCAGAGACAGAUCAUUUGGCCCGACAGUAUCACGUGACCUAGCAGACGUCAUAUUGACAUCAAACUCAUUAUCAAGAUUAGAGUUUAAUUGUACAACAUUGGAUGAGGACUUUUAUCACCUAAUGUAUACACAAGUUUCUACAGUGGCGGGAGGUAAAUCCUCAAUCAAAGAGCUGGGUGUAGAUAAUCAAUUCUUCAAUGGUCUACAGAGGUUUAAUAAUGGUGACAUUAAUGUGACCGUUAGGGACCUAUUCCCGAGCUUGACACAAUUGACUUUUACCACUGUCCAUAAUACUGUCUCAGCGGGAGAUGUUGAACUGUUGGCACAUUCCAGCCUAGCAGUGUUGUCUAUUGAGCGUGGUGAGAAAGGCAGAUAUCUAGUUCCUCUCAUUGGAGAACCUACUUCACUUGGGCAACUUUUCUCCAGUUCGUUCCCCCAACUCACCUGUCUGACCUUCCGAGAGCUGGUAAUGGGCAACAUACGCAGUGAAGCAAUACUAUGUCAUCUAAAGAACCACCUGCAUUUGAAAUCAAUAAGUAUCAUUAGCUGUUUUACUGAUGACGAACUGGACCCCAUGGCUGAACAAAUAACUGCUGAGAACAGGAUGAAAAUAACACUUCAACAUGAUACGGCACAGAGGAGGUUAUCUUUUGACAGAAGUAAUGGACCAUUAAACAUAAAUAUGAUAGAUGCACUUUGCCAUAGAACAUGUGUCCGUCAGUUGAAUGUGGAUAAGUAUGGCGUAGAGAUUGCAGGUGAAGUAUGCUUUCCAGGCCUUCAUGGCCGAGAGGUGGAUUCAAAGAUUCACAAGUUACAUAUCAAAUCCCUGAAAUUACAUGAUAACCGAUCAGCAUCCUGUUGUCUGGGGAAGUUUGUCAGUCUCCUGUCUCACUUGGCAGACCUGAUGAUUGACGGAUGUGACUUUCAUGAUGAUUUCUACAAAGAGAUUGCUGAUGGAGCUUCUUCAUCUCCGGUAAAAUGUAUUUUUAAAUAG